UCCAUUGUUGUCUGCGUCAUACGCCGCUGUCGCCGCAGACAUUGAGUCGCCAUUAAAUUUUGUUGGUUUGUUGGUUGCACCGCUUACCGUUCGUCGUUCGCCAUUCGUAUUUGUUCCGCAGAGCCAAAGUGCGUUUCGCCGUUCGCUGCCAUGUUGGUACCGCCGGAUAUGCUGGCUGCGCAGACGCGCAUGAUUUAUCAGAUGAAUCGCUUUUGUGCGGAACGCGUACAGGCGCGCAUGUUCAAAACGGCCACCGCCAUAAGGGAAGUGUGCAAAAUCGUGCAGGAUAUACUGAAAGAAGUGGAACUGCAAGAGCCGCGCUUCAUCUCCAGCCUGGUCGAAUGCAAUGGCAGAUUUGAAGGCGUGCAGGUUAUUUCGCCCAACGAAUUCGAGAUUGUUUUGUAUCUCAAUCAAAUGGGCGUUUUCAACUUCGUCGAUGAUGGCACCAUGCCCGGCUGCGCAGUGCUGAAGCUGAGCGAUGGUCGUAAACGUUCCAUGUCCCUAUGGGUGGAGUUCAUCACCGCGUCGGGUUAUUUGUCGUCGCGCAAGAUACGCUCUCGCUUCCAGACAUUGGUGGCGCAGGCGUGUGACAAGAGUAUUUAUCGUGAUAUGGUGAAAAUGAUCGGCGAUACGACGGAAGUGAAGAUGCGCGUGCGUGAACGUUUCAUGGUACAAAUAACGCCAGCUUUUAAAUGUUCCGGCAUAUGGCCACGUUCGGCCGCGCAUUGGCCACUGCCGCACAUCCCUUGGCCACAUCCGAAUAUAGUGGCCGAAGUGAAAACGGAAGGUUUCGAUCUGCUAUCCAAAGAGUCCAUUGUCAUGCAGAAUAAGAACAACAAUGCCGCCAUGGAAGGCGAUGCGUGGGUGUUGAGCUUUUUCGAAGCGGAAAAUCGACUUUUGCAAGGUGGCUGCCGUCGACGCUGUUUAAGUAUUCUCAAAACAUUGCGUGAUCGUCACCUCGAUCUGCCCGGCAAUCCGAUCACCGCUUACCACCUGAAGAAUCUGCUGCUCUACGAAUGUGAAAAGCAUCCGCGUGACUUUGAAUGGGACGAAGCGUGUAUUGCCGAUCGCAUCAACGGCAUCUUCCUACAAUUGAUCUCAUGUCUACAAUAUCGUCGAUGUCCACACUACUUUCUACCGACACUGGACAUGUUCAAAGGCAAAUCGCCCAGUUCGCUCGAACAUGCCGCGAAGCAGGUUUGGCGUUUGACGCGCGAAAUGUUAACCAAUGCGAAUGCAUUUGAAAAACUCUAAAGCAACUGGGAGUAUUUAUCUUAAAAAAAAUAAAAAAUUAAAAAAACUAAAAAUACCUAUAGAGCAAAAAAUGCAAAGAAAUUCGCAACAACAAACGCCGCACAUUAACAUUAACGAAGGCAUUAAGAGGCGCGCGAAUGUAGCGAAAUGUGCGAACGCCAGAAUUUCAAGGUGCUGAACGCAACUCGUGCUUAUGUUCGUAU